UAAAAAUAUAAAUACCCAGAAAGAGCCCCUUUCAGAACAAGGUAGAAAAACCAAAGCUUUUUACCAUCUUCUCUUUUAACUUUUCAACUCGCACAAAUCGUUAGAUUUCAAAGAAACCAGUGAAGUGGAAAGAGUUUGCAGGAAGAAGUAGUAUAUAGAUUUAGUAUUGAUAAGAUUGGAUCAGUAUGGGUGAGGAAGAAUCAGAUAAUACAGUUUCCAGAGCCGACUCAAAUGGCAGUAUCACACCAGAGAAAACUUUAGAUGACAUGGGUGAUAAGAAGGUCUUGGAACCUGAAGGAGGGAAAACCUUGGAGGAUAAUGAAGUCAAAGACUUGAAGGGGGAUGAUAUAAAAGAAAUGGAAGUUGAUAAGAAAGCUGAUAAUGAAGUCAAAGACUUGAAGGAUGAUGAUAUAAAAGAAAUGGAAGUAGAUAAGAAAGCUGAUGGGGAGGAAGAACUAGAAGUGGAAGAGGAUAAGAAAGCUGAUGACAGUGAUGUUAUAAUUGAUGAUAACAAAGUUGGUGACAGGGAGGAAAUAAAAGAGGAUGAGAAAGUCGAAGGGGAAAAAUUAAAAGAGGAUAAGAAAGUCAAUGAAGCGGAAGAAAUAAAAGACAAUAAGAAAGUCAAUGAAGAGGAAGAAUUAAAAGACGAUAAGAAAGUCAAUGAAAGGGAAAACUUUAAGGAGGAUAAGAAAGUUGAUGAAGGGGAAAACUCUAAGGAGGAUAAGAAAGCCGAUGAAGGGGAAGAAUUAAAAGAGGAUAAGAAGCUUGAUGCCGGGGAGGAAAUAAAAGAUGUUAGCUUGAAAGAAUCAGCAGAUGAUAAGAAAGAUGAUAAUGGGUUCCAGAAUGACAAAUUGGGGGAAGAAACUGAUGUUAGAGAAACUAUGGAUAGUAAAGAAGAAAAAGAAAGUGUUGAAGCUAAGAAACCAGCAUUAGAUGUCAUGGAAGAAGAGGAUGUCCCUGAAGACAAAGAUGAGAGCGGUGAAAAGGAUAAAGGUCAAGAAAAGGUUGAGGAUGCCCCUGAAGACAUAGGUGAGAGCGGUAAAAAGGAAAAAGGUCUAGAAAAGGAGGAGAAUGAUAAGGUUAAGGUUGGCAAUAAGUCAACUGAAGAAGAUAUUAUAGUUGGGAAAGUAUCAAAAAAGCGUGGGAGAGGAAAGGACAAUGUGGAGAAUGGGAAAAAGAAAAUAAAGGAACAGAAGGGGACAGAGGGGAUCCCUGAAGACAAAGAUGAAAGCAGUGAAAAGGUGGAAAGUCAAGAAGAGGUGGAGGAUGCUAAUGAUAAGGUUGACUAUAAGUCAAAAGAAGAUGAUUCUGAAGACAUGCAAGUUGAGAAAGGAUUAAAAAGGCGCAGGAGACGAAACAUCCAUGAGGAGCAGGUGAAAAAGACAGAGGCAAGGACUCCUGCAAGUGCAAGUGCAGCCAAUCGUCCUGUACGUGAAAGGAAAUCAGUUGAGAGGUUGGUAGAAUCAUAUGAGAGAGAUAUUUCCAAAGAAUUUUUCAUUGAUGAGGGCAGUGGUAUGCAUUUAAAAGAUAUACCCAAUGUGGCAUUUAAAUUAACUAGAAGGAAGGUUGAUGAUACUUUAAAAUUUCUCCAUACAAUCCUCUUUUGUAGGAGAGGAAAGGCAGCUGAGGUUAAGAAAAACAUAUCAAGGUUUUCUGGUUUUGUGUGGUAUGAAAAUGAGGAAAAGCAAAUGAUUAAAGUAAAAGAAAAAUUUGACAAGUGUAAUAAAGAGAAGUUGCUGGAUAUCUGCGAUGUGCUUGACAUACAAGUUGCAAAGGCAAAUACAAGGAAGGAAGAUAUUAUUGCAAAGCUAAUAAACUUUUUGGUUGCCCCUCAUGUGACAAGGGCUGUAUUGCUUGAAGAACAAGAAAAGUCAGUUAAAGGAAAAAAGCGCAAGCACAUAACAAAGCAUGGUUCUUCGAGAUCUGGAACAUCAACGUCAAGACGCUCUGCUAAGAGUCGGAAGAAAAAUGAAGAUUCUUCAGAUGAAGAGGAGAGAAAGACUACAACUGACACCGAAAGUGAUUCUGAGAAAGAAGAUGAAAAAGAUGUUUCUGACAGAUCUGAGGAUGAAAGGCCUCAGAAAUCUGAUAGUGAAGAUAAAAAUGAUUCCGAAUCUGAUAAUGAAUCUGAAGAUGUGAAGAAAAUGAGUAAAAUAAAUAAAACAUUUUCCAGGGAGAAAGAAUUUGCUGCCAAAGGCAAAGCAAAGGAAACGACAUUUCAGAAAAAACCUCGCACACCACGAAAGAGAACUUCUAUGAAAUUAUUGUCCACACACUCUGAGUCUGAUGAUGAUAUUAGUGAGAGAGGUCCAAAGGUCUUUUCAAGGAAGAAGAGAAAUGAAAAACAGAAAACCUCAACUCUCACCAAGUCUUCCUCCAAAGACAAUUCAGCAGAGAAGGUUACUAAAAGAAAGGGAAAAAACAAAGAGAAGUCAAGCCCCAGUGAUGAUCAGUUACGCAUUGCAAUAUGUGAUAUUUUCAAACAAGUUGACUUCAAUACGGCUACGUUUACCGACAUUCUGAAGCUACUUGGUAAGCAAUUCGACAAGGAUCUCACCCCAAGAAAGGCAUCUCUAAAGAUUAUGAUUCAGGAAGAGCUAUCAAAACAAGCGGAUGAAGAUGAAGAAGGGGAUACUGAAAAUGAUGAGACUAAUACCACCGACAAAGAGGUUGAAGCAUGAACAAAGACUCGUGUUUAUCCAAGUAUUCUUUAUUUCUAGUUAUAUAUUUUGUGUACAUUUUGUAGAGCAGAAUUGGAGUAACUUGUUAAUCUUAACAUCCUUAGAAGCUAUGAUACAUAAGCCAGUAUUUUGAAUAUUUUGUGAUGGCUUUUGUUGUGCCAUCAGUAUGCAGUAGUCUCUUGGUUACACCUGAAAAAUAUGUAUAUAACUGAUCAAUACUUGUUUCAACUAUAUGUCUAGUUUAAUGAAUACUAUUAUAUGUGAA